AUGGUGGCGGCAAGGGCGUGGGGUUCAGAGGAUGGCGGCGGCGCCGGCGUGGGGGAUUUAGAGAAGAAGGAGAGGCGGCGGCGUGGGCGCAGGGGCCUGUGGACAGAGAUAUGCUUCUCCAAGCGUCGCGCGGGGCUCUUCAAGAAGGCCAGCGAGCUCUCCAUCCUCUGCGGUGCCGACAUCGCCGCCGUCGUCUUCUCCCCCGCCGACAAGGCGUUCUCGUUUGGCCACCCCUCCGUCGAGUCCAUCCUCGACCUCUUCCUCGACACCUCGCCCAGGGCGAGGGGUGGCCUCUCCUCCGCAGGCAACCGUGCAGUCUCCGAGCUGAACCACCAGUACGGUGAGCUCCGCGUGUAG